AUGACCCAAUCUUAUGUUGUUAUGACCCCAUAUACUUUGGGGAACAUGAAAAUUAUUCGUUUUGAACGUACACACGUCUUAGAUGAAAUAAAUAAAGAAUGCAAGCUAAAAAUGGAACCUAUGGAUGUACCAGAAAUGCAGCUACAAUUCACAUGUGCUAUGUUCAACAAUAGGACUUCAGAAACUCAUGCAGAAAACCGUUGUUUAAAAUUUUGGUUCAGCAAAAAGUGCUCAACAAUUCGAUCGUUUGGAUGA